GGGCGGUACUUCCGGCGGGGCGGCGCGGACCGGAGAGCGGCACUUCCGGCGGCGAUGAGGGUGAAGGUGCGGAGCUGGAGCGGAGUCGCCUCGUGGCUGUGGGUGGCGAACGACGAGAACUGCGGGAUCUGCCGCAUGGCCUUCAACGGCUGCUGCCCCGACUGCAAAGUGCCCGGGGACGACUGCCCGCUGGUGUGGGGGCAGUGCUCGCACUGUUUCCACAUGCACUGCAUCCUCAAGUGGCUGCACUCGCAGCAGGUCCAGCAGCACUGCCCCAUGUGCCGCCAGGAGUGGAAGUUCAAGGAAUGAUCCUCCCCGCCUCCUCCCGCCGCUCCGGUCCCGGUUCCGUGGGCGGGGAGCGGCGCUUUCCCUCGUGCUGCGCGGCGGGGGCGGCCGCGGCCAUAAAGACCCGGAGCGGCCGUUCCGCAGCGCUGCGCCCCCGCCGGCACGAUGCGAGCCGCCCGCUGCCUGACUCUGGCUGUAGCCGUGAUGCUGCUGUGCCGCCCCGCCGCGCCCUGGUACCGGCAGGCGGCCGCUCCGCUCUCCUACCCGGUGGGCAGAGCCUCGGGGCUGCUCUCCGGUCUCCGC